UCUGAAGCUGCAGCCAGUCAGGAGUCGGAGAAGGAAAGGAGCAACACAAUCCCCUUCACCCCCUUCCCCGAAAUACAGAAACUCCCCACUUUUUACAGACCCUAUUCCCCACGGCGUUGGACUGGGAAUCUCUUGGAUCGUCUCUGCUGCGUGAUGCUUUUUUUAAACCUUAUUCUUCUUAUCACCAUCAUCACUGGAAGAUUUCCUUCCCUGAUGUUCCUUCGCUUCGGGAAGUUUGGGGCAAAGGAAGUGCUUUUCGUCUCAAACCUGCUGGAGUGUGUCAUAAGGAUUUAAUGUUUUUCCUUCCCCGAUUUUUAAUUUCGCUUUUUGAGGGCGACGAAGAAGAUACCUCUUGAUUGUUGGGAGACUCGCUUGGCAAACAGACCCAGGAUCGGAAGUCCCUCGGCUCUCUUGUGUUGUGGAAAUUGGGAGAGAGACGUUCUCCAGCUGAUUGGAUCCCAGCUUCUCAUAUUUUGGAGGAAUAAUACCACUAUCAACUGGAUAAUAUCCAAGAAGAGAAUCCUUUUUUCUCUCCUUCACCCCAAACUCAGCCCUGGGAUUGAGGUCUAACAGUCCCAGAAAGAAAACACUGAAGAGCGUUGGUUCACCAACAUGAUGGGUCCUUCUCAAAGGACAUACCUGAUCCUGGGCUGCUUCUUGACAGGUCCAUGGUUAGCCUCCUGCCAGACUUUGUUUCCUACUAUUUUUCCAAACAAAGAUGAAAUGGAGGUGCAUCUGAAUUCCCCCUUCACCUUGAAAUGUUCCGGAGACAGUGAAGUAAACUGGCAGCACCCAAUACCUGAAGACAAUGAUACUAUAGACAUCAGAAAUGAAGAAAACAAUAGCGGCCUUUUUGUCACUGUGCUGGAAGUCAAAAACGCAUCUGCUUCCCAUACUGGACUGUAUACUUGCUACUACAAUCAUUCCCAAGAAGAAGAAGGGGAGGUUGAGGGAAAGGAUAUCUAUAUCUUUGUGCCAGAUCCAGCUGUCCCCUUUGUCCCUACAUCUCCUGAAGAUUCAAUCAUUGUUAUUACUGAAGAAGAUGAGACCUCCACCAUUCCUUGCCGCACGAGUGAUCCUCAUGCUCAAGUAACUUUAACAAACAGCGAAGGGAAAGUCGUGUACACCUUUUAUGACAACAGGCAAGGCUUCAUUGGAAACUUCUCUGCAGGCUCCUAUACAUGCAGGACCACUGUGAAGGCCGUGGAGUUCCUGUCUGGUGAAUUUUUUGUCUACGUUUACAAAGCAACUUCACAUCUUCAAGUUGAGGUUGGAUCCCUUAAGACUGUGUAUAAAACAGGAGAAACGAUUGUUGUAACUUGUGUGGUCUUGGAUAAUGAAGUUGUGAACUUGGAGUGGAAAUAUCCAGGGAAAGUGAGGAACAGAGGUAUCAUCUCACUCGAAGACAUCAAAGUGCCAGCCCAGAAACUGAUUUAUAACUUAACCAUUCAUGAUGCUUCAGUAAGCGACAGUGGAGAUUACGAAUGUGCAGCUCAUCAUGUCACCAAAGAGUUAAAGAAAACAAAAAGAACCAUCAUUACAGUUCAUGAUAAAGGGUUCAUUCGUCUGGAGCCCCAUUUUAAUCCCAUGGAAACAGUCAAUCUGCAUGAAGUUAAAAAAUUUGUAGUUGGUGUGCAUGCAUAUCCAGAGCCAAGAAUCUUUUGGCUAAAGGACAAUAUCACUCUGAUGGAGAAUCUCACCGAGAUUGUCACUAGUUUCAAGCAGAUCCAGGAGACGAGGUACCAGAGUGUGUUAAAAUUAAUUCGUGCCAAGGAAGAAGACAGUGGGUACUACACUCUUGUAGCACAGAAUGAAGAUGAAAUUCAAAGAUAUACUUUCUCUCUGCUUAUACAAGUGCCAGCUUUAAUUCGAGACCUAGUAGAUAAUCACCAUGGCUCUGCUGGGCAAACUGUGAAAUGCUUGGCUGAAGGGACACCUCUCCCUGAUGUGGAAUGGUUGAUUUGCAAGGAUAUAAAAAGGUGCAGCAAUGAUACUUCGUGGACUCCCCUGACUAACAAUAUCUCUGAUAUUACUAUGGAGACUCAUCUGGAUGAGAGGAACAUGGUAGAGAGCCAGGUGACUUUUCAGAAGGUGCAAGAAACGUUGGCUGUUCGAUGCCUGGCAAGGAAUGACCUUGGAACCGUAGCACGGGAACUGAAGCUUGUGGCUCCAACUUUAAGAUCAGAAUUGACUCUGGCUGCCGCAAUCCUAGUGUUGCUAGUGUUUGUAAUAAUUUCGCUGAUUGUCCUGGUUAUCAUAUGGAAACAGAAGCCAAGAUACGAAAUUAGAUGGAGAGUCAUCGAGUCUAUCAGCCCAGAUGGCCAUGAAUAUAUAUAUGUGGAUCCCAUGCAGCUGCCUUACGAUUCAAGAUGGGAAUUUCCUAGAGAUGGAUUAGUGCUGGGCCGAAUUCUUGGCUCCGGAGCUUUUGGAAAAGUAGUUGAAGGAACCGCAUAUGGAUUAAGUCGGUCACAGCCUGUCAUGAAGGUGGCUGUGAAAAUGCUGAAGCCCACUGCACGAACCAGUGAAAAGCAGGCUCUCAUGUCUGAAUUAAAGAUAAUGACCCAUCUUGGACCCCACUUGAACAUAGUCAACCUGUUAGGAGCAUGUACAAAAUCAGGUCCAAUUUACAUCAUAACAGAAUACUGCUUUUAUGGAGACUUGGUGAACUAUCUGCAUAAAAACAGGGACAACUUUCUGAACCGAAACCCUGAAAAGACAAAGAAAGAUUUGGACAUCUUUGGGAUGAACUCGGCUGAUGAAAGCACUAGGAGCUAUGUCAUCCUGUCAUUUGAAAAUAAUGGUGAAUACAUGGAUAUGAAGCAAGCAGAGACCACACAGUAUGUGCCGAUGCUAGAAAGGAGAGACAGGUCAAAAUAUUCUGACAUCCAGAGAUCUCUGUAUGAUAGACCUGCUUCAUAUAAGAAAAAAUAUCUGUCUGAACAAGAUGUUCUGAAUCUUCUUUCAGAUGAUAAUUCAGAAGGCCUCAGUUUGCUGGACCUAUUGAGCUUUACCUACCAAGUUGCCCGGGGAAUGGAGUUCUUAGCAUCGAAAAAUUGUGUACACCGUGAUUUGGCAGCAAGGAAUGUCCUCCUGGCUCAAGGAAAAAUUGUGAAGAUCUGUGACUUUGGUCUGGCUAGAGAUAUUAUGCAUGAUUCAAACUAUGUCUCCAAAGGCAGCACCUUCCUUCCAGUGAAGUGGAUGGCACCUGAGAGCAUUUUUGACAACCUAUAUACAACAUUAAGUGAUGUUUGGUCUUAUGGCAUUCUGCUCUGGGAAAUAUUUUCUCUUGGUGGCACCCCAUAUCCUGGCAUGAUGGUUGAUUCUACAUUCUAUAACAAAAUCAAGAGUGGAUAUCGAAUGACAAAACCUGACCAUGCUACCAGUGAAGUGUAUGACAUCAUGGUAAAAUGCUGGAACAGCGAACCUGAGAAGAGACCCUCUUUUUACCACUUGAGUGAAAUAGUUGAGAAUCUUUUGCCUGGAGAAUACAAGAAGAGCUAUGAGAGAAUUCACUUGGACUUCCUGAAGAGUGACCAUCCUGCUGUCACACGCAUGCGAGCAGACUGUGACAACACUUACAUUGGUGUUACUUACAAAAAUGAAGACAAACUGAAAGAUAGGGAGAGCGGCUUUGAUGAACAAAGACUAAGUGCUGACAGUGGAUACAUCAUUCCUCUGCCGGAUAUUGACCCUGUCUCAGAAGAUGAACUUGGCAAAAGGAACAGGCAUAGUUCCCAGACCUCUGAAGAAAGUGCCAUUGAAACCGGAUCCAGCAGUUCGACCUUUGUCAAGCGAGAGGAUGAAACCAUUGAUGACAUCGACAUUAUUGACGACAUUGGCAUGGAUUCCUCCGAAUUGGUUGAGGACAGCUUCCUGUAAUCCUGAAGGAAGGAGUGGACAUCCUUUGAGCUACGUGAAGUGGGAAACGAAAGCUCAGCGACUCAUGGACAAUUGACUCCGUAAGGAAAACCACUUUAAAAUAAAUACCAGGUGGCCUCGCUGGGGACACAGAGGUCUCGCUGGUUUGUGGAACAAGACCAAGAAUUUGGAAAUUGCUCUUGAAGUAUGUCAGUAGCAUCUCAGUAGUUUCAAUAGAUAGGUGGAUAAAGGAAAAGGCCACAGACAAUCCCGUUUGUGUUUCAGGGGCAUUCACAAAGGAUAUUAUUUCUACUAUGGAGAAACACCACCAAUGAAACAAUGUAAAUACUCCAUUUUUAUCUGGAUAUUUUGUGGAAUAUGCGUUUUUUAAAAGACCACUCAAGACGUCUUUGAUUUUUGCUUUCUUCAGUCUCAUUAUAAGCUGCUGUUGAACUAUCACAUGAGAUGAAGUACCUGUUAAAAAAGAAACCACUUUUGAAACUCAAAGGGAUCGGUACUAUACAAUAUUUUACCUUUCACAGCUAAUGCAAACAAGGGAAAUAAGAGGAAUUUACAAAACUUAAUACAAUAGCUUAGUAAAUGAAGUGAGAUUCUUCGUAACCAUAGAGGAAUAACUGUUACCUGUUACUACUGUUCUCAGUAUCACUAAGUAUAGUUUAUAACUACUCAUUGUCAUACAUUAAAAACACAGUACAUAAAAACUUUACUAACAAACUAAAGUAUUUUUGAUUUAAGGAUUUACAAAACAGAACUCUUCUAUUUGACUGUUAAUGGUUUUGGUAAAUUAAAAGUAGAUUAGGAAAUAGGAAAAACUAACUCAUUCUAAGGAAUCCAGAUGUAGUUUUCUGUCCUUUAGUGGAAUGGCUUUCUGAAUACAAUGGAUUGAUAUGCUAGUGAUUCCUCCUUGGAUUCAGCAGAACUCUUAGAAAUCUAAAGUUUAUUUUUAGACUUUCAUUUGCAACCAGGUUUUUCAAGUUAUUGUAUAAUACAUGCGUGUGGCUAAUCAAUCAGUAGCAAGGCUGCUUGAAGCAUUUAAGAAAUACACUGCACAUCUGAAAGUUUGUUUUGGGUUUACAUGUGGCAAAUGGAUUUGAUACACCAAAUAGUCUUUCUGAAAACGCUUCUUUCUGAGCCUGUGAUUUCUCAUUAUGUAUGUAGCUAUUUGGUGUGUAUGUGUGCUUGCACAUACAAAAGCUCUAGUUUUAGCAUUGAGUUUCAACAGAAAUGUAACUGGAUCCUGCGGUCUUUGUCAAGUUCCCCUAACUGUCCAAAGGGAGAAGUCUUUUCAGCGGCUGCAUUGGGCAUUGACUCAGGAGUAAAGCAAUUCUAAAGGCCUCCCCACACAUUACGCUUUGGCGCGGGGAGGACUAUAUACACAAUUAAGCCAUAGGAUUAACUGCAUCUAUCUCCUGUAUGUGGCAAAAAUCUCUCACUGUAAUAUGGAGAAUGGUCCUUCGCACCAUUUGAACUAAUUUCAAUCUUUUUAUCCAUUUUCAAGCAAGAAUUUGUUAGCUGCCUUCGCUUAACCAGCAUUAUGUAUGAUAGUGUAACUUUGACAAAGUUGUUUAUGCUUUCUUGUACAAUACUGGUCAUGUUUACUCAGAAGUUUCAUCUAGGUGAAUGGGACUUAUUUCCAAUUGUUUUAUUCCCAUUGCAACCACAGGCUGUGAUUUCAUUACAGAGUUUUUGAACCAGAUUGUGAAAAAAGGAAGACCUGGACAGUAUGAUUCUCAAAAAGAGAUAGCAGAAUGUAUGUUGUUUAACAUAAGCUCAUUACUUAAUUAUUACAAAAGCGUGUCAGAGUGCAAGCCUGCUUAGGAGCUGUCUCAUUACCACCCAACCAUAUUCCUUAUUUUUAAAUGUGUAGUUGCAUCACUAUAGAGAAACCUGGCUCAUUCUCAGAGGCAUGUUUUUCGUAGCACUAUACACAAGAUGCAAACCAGUUACUGAAAUCCUGUGACAAAUAUAAAGCCUUGCAUUCACUUAAUCUUGCCUAAAUCUGGCUCUGUGUAUAGGUCUGCUGGAUUUCCUGUGAGAUCUGUGGUUCCUAGUUAUUCCUUUCGUAUAGCAUAUGUGAUCAGUUGGCCAGGGUGAGCAACCACUUGGAAGAAUAUGAUGUUUUAUGUAACAAACUCACUCACCAAUUAUUGUAGUUGUGACUCAAUAAUUUACUAACAUGAUGGUUAAGGACUAACAUAUCAAUAUAGCAUGUGAUAGAGCCCCUGAGAGGACUAAAUAAUGCAGUUGAAAACAAUAGUUUGGACUGGGCCAGUGUUGAAUUAGCGAAUAAUCAAUUACAAGUUAACCUGAACCUAUGAAGUGAUGCUUUGGUGUGUUCAUGGAAGUAUCAGGCAUGAUCCUGCUAGCCUUAAGUUCUGAAAGUCUAUCUAAUUUUAGGGGAAGAUAUUUAGAGAGGUGUUUAAUCAUAUUCCACUGAAAUCAAUGGGAUUUAAAUGUACAUCUGUACAUCUGAUUUCUGCACAUGAGGCUAUUUGCAAGGGCUGCCAUGUCCAUCCCUUCUAUAUACCUAGCACUGGCAGUAUCUCUACUAAACCAAGUCCCAUUCACUGCAAAUGUGUUACUGCAGUGGCUCGAAAGGACAUAUAAAAACCUUCCUUGCAUUUGUAUUUAUCAAGUAGUUUCUCAUGCCUUCCUGCACAUGGUUUAGAUUGUUUAAUCGACAUUGAUAUUUUACAGGCCACUAAGCUAGCUAUGAUAUUCUUGCAUUGUUCUUCAUGUUAUUGUCUUCAUCCUGUGCUUGUGCUAAUCCAGAACUUGCUUUCUGUAUGCAUAGAUCACACUGCCAACUUUACAAUACCCAUCUCUUCGUUCUAUAUGCCAUCAAAUGAAUACACAUGUCUUUCGUGUCUGCAUCCCAGUAGGGAAAGAAUUGUGUAUCACUAUCUGCUCUCUCAUGCCACUCAGGCCCAACAUCUUUUGGAAUGUAACUAUUGUGGAUUGGGACCAAACUGUAGGUAUGGACCAAAAUAAUUCUUAGAUUUCUUGUCUUAAGGGAAUUACAUUUCUUGCAAUACUGCAAUGGACUGCACUUUGAAAAACUUCACAAAGACAAGAAAUCAAUGCAGGAGGUACCUCUUGAACUAAGUCUGCAUCCCACAUCCACUUUCUCUUCAGUGGGUGUAUAGGACUGCACACUUAGUUGUUCAAUACUAAUCUGGAAAACCACAACAAUCCUGGAUUUUAUUACUUUAGUGACUAUUUGAUGUUAAUCUUCCUACUAUUUUCUGUGUUGUGACUCAGUUUUGAGGGGACCACCCAACUCGUCUGUUCCACAUUCAUAUGAUGACAAUCGAAUUUUGCCUGUGAAAUAUGACUUUCCCAUUUUGAAUGGUCAACUUUAAUCCUAUAAAUGUGGUCUGCAAAUGUAUAAAACAGUCCUAUGAUAUAAUGAGGGACAUAAGAUGAGGUGAUGUUAUACAUCAAUAUGUAUAUAUGUAUUUUUAUAUCAAUUUUGAGAAGUACUGCCGAACAUUUAUAACAAGCUGUAUCACUGCCAUUGUAAUUUUUUUUAAACUGUGAUAUACUCCACAGGCACGCUGUUGCACUUUUAAAUGUCCAAAAUUUAUAUUUUAGAAUGAGAAAAGCGAGUAAGAGAGACCAAGGUUGACGAUAUUGUGAAAUAUAUGAGAACAAGCUAGAAUGAGUUGCCAUAGGUACAAAAUGUAAUGCAAAUGCCCCCAUUCUUAUUUUUGUCUUUUAAAAAACAUGUAAAUUGAGAUCUUUAUAUUUCAAUAAAUGAUAUAUAAUUUAAAGAUA